UGCCGAAAAAAGUUAAUGAUUAAUUAGUAUUUGAAUUGAGAGUACCAACUGUGCUCUUUCUUUAUUAUCCGGAGAUAUUAAUGUAAGCAGGUCUGAGUUAAUAUGACCUAUUUGCCAGUUGCUGACGAAGCAGGUCCUUUUUGGCGACUAUAAGCUAAAAUCCGUUUUCAUUGAUAUGAACAGCUGCGUUCCCAUCAAAAUAAGAUCGCAAUCCCGGAAACGUCUCCGAAGGCCGAUGCUGAGAGGCUAUAUAUUGCGCUGUUCAUUUGCGGCCGCGCAGUGAUCGCCAGUGCGCUGUAUUGACCGUGACUUUACUAAUAUAUAAAAUGCGUCUUCUUAUCGUUGCCGUAACAUUGGCCGUGGCCCAAGCUUAUCCUGGCCUGCUAUUCGUCCCUCCAUUACAACCUCUGGGCAUACAAUACGCCCAGACGUCCGGUCCGGCUGUCCGCCCUCACCCAGCUGUAGAACAAACCGCAGCCAGCGAAGCCUUGUUACCAAGGGAGCUUCUUAAAUCGAGAGAUUUUUACGACAACCCUAACAUUGCCGCCGGACUGGCCAAAGAGUCCUGGUUCACAAACAAAGAGAUGCAAGUUAUCGAGAGAGAAGCAGAAAAGAUACCGAGGGAGAGUAUUUAUCAUAUCGUCAAAAACGCAGGAUUUUUAGAUAGACAUUAGAUAUUUACAUCAGUAUAGAUUAAUAGAAAUAUUAACUUAUGAUUCAUGGUAUGUGUGACUAGAUUAGAUAAAUCUGUAGUGGACCUAGUGAAUCUGUACUCGAAAGAAAAUUCUCAUAGUUUUGUAAAAAAUAUGCCUUCCGCAAGCUAAUUCUGUUAAGUCAUUCGUUAUCUUAUGAAGUAACCCUUGACGUGUGGGUCAACUUUGAUGUUAUACGGAAUGAAUGUUGAUUAUUAACGUAGUUUUAAUCUUGUAUAUUACCAUUUAACUGUUGUAAGAUUCUAACGGCUCUUUGGAAAUAACACCAUCGCUUCGUUUCAUAAUACAUGUCGUAACAUUGUCGGUAUUUGCUAGGUUUU